GACCGAACCGCUCUUUUGCUUUUGGGUUUAUAUUUAGAUUUGCUUCUUUUUGUAAGUUAGCAGUCGUUCAUGAUUCCUGGUACCAGAACUCCGUCGACGUUACUCUUACCUGAAAAAUAACAUUGUUUUUAUAUUAUUAGUAUUAUACAUUACGGAUAGACAGUAGCAAAAAAAUACUAGCUCACAUGAAGACACAGAGCAUCAUCCCAUGCAUACUGGUGUGCGCUCUAUUUGUGCUUGUGCAACCCAUGGAUGAUUUAAGGAGUACGCCAAUUAAGGUGCAAACUCACCAGCUCCAAGAGGCCACAGUGCACUGGGAUACUGCCCAGAAAAUCGUGAUCCUUAAGGAAGGGGUGAUGGAGACAGAGGGGGGAGCCUUUGGUUACUUCAAUGACACCCUGCUCCUCUCUGGAUGGGGCAUCUUGGAGAUCAGUGCAGGUUAUGGAGGAGCUGCAUUGGAAGAUGAAAUCAUUUUCUUCCUGGCUGGUUACCUGGAGGGUUACCUCACGGCUGGGCAGAUGUUUAGUCAUUUCCUCAACAUGUACCCUCAGCUGAUAAAGGAUGAGAAGGUUUUAAUUCCUUUGAAAGCUUUUUUGAGCAAACAGGACCAGUGGGCCAGAGAGCAGGUAAAAAUGAAAAGAAACAGCGACCCCUUGUGGAAACAUCUGGGACUGAUCUUGGCUCAGCUGGAUGGGCUCCACGCUGGAGCUGCACAGUGGGCCAAAAGAAGACAUAAAGAGCCUCUAUCAGCAUUUGCAGUGCAGUUCCUGAAUGGUGUUGGUGACCUCCUGGACCUUGUCCCAGCUCUGACACCUCGCUCCAACUCCUCCACGGGGACUGGAGCUUUCAGGAUGCCAGGAAUGGGCCACUGCACUGCUCUCAUAAAGGUCUUGCCAGGCUUCGAGAACCUGCUGUUUGGCCAUUCUAGCUGGUACACUUACGCAGCCACCAUGAGAAUCUAUAAACACUGGGACUUCAGGGUAUCUGACACAUAUGCUGCCACUGGAAAGAUGUCAUUCAGCAGCUACCCUGGUUUCUUAAUGUCUCUGGAUGACUUCUACCUGCUCGGGAGCGGCCUGCUGAUGACUCAAACCUCAAUCGGCAUCUUCAACGUCUCUCUGUUUUUGCAGCUCAGUCCCCACUGCUUGAUGACCUGGCAAAGAGUCCGUCUAGCCAACAGUUUGGCACAUAAUGGAGAGGAGUGGGCACAAAUUUUCUCCAAAUACAACUCAGGUACAUAUAACAGCCAGUAUAUGGUGGUGGACCUGAACAAGGUUUCUCUUCGUCACAGUAUUAAAAAUGGAGCUCUGACAGUUGUGGAGCAGAUCCCAGGAAAGGUGGUGCACUCUGAUCAGACCCAAGCUUUACGCAGUGGUGAGAAACCACCUGUCUGUUUGACUGCUUCUAGUAGUUCUUUCUUUCUUUCUUUCUUUCUUUCUUUUGAAUCCAAAAUGUCUAUUAGAGGAAGUUAUAUGUCUGGAUAUCUUCUACCUUCAGAGUGCUUUUCUUUGGCAGGUUAUUGGCCCUCAUACAACAUCCCAUUUCAUGCUGAGAUCUACAACCUCAGUGGGUACAAUGUAAUGUGGAAAAGAUACGGAGAAGACUUCUCCUACGAUCUCUGUCCUCGGGCUAAAAUCCUCCGCAGAGACCAGGCAAAGGUGUCUGACCUUAGCUCCCUCAAACACAUGAUGAGAUACAACAACUACAAAAGAGAUCCCUACUCUAAAGGCCAUCCGUGUAAAACCAUCUGUUGCCGUAACGACCUAAGACCAAGAAGACCACAUCCGGGAGGCUGCUAUGACUCAAAGGUUACAGACUACCAGAUGGCCCUCCAGCUGGCUGCUGAGGCAAUAAAUGGACCCACAACUCAGGGGGGCCUGCGUCCAUUCUCAUGGCAAUCUUUCAACCUCACGGCUCAUCAGGGUCUCCCGCACAGCUACAGAUUUGCCUUUGUUACCAUGAGGCCAGCACUAUAUCAUCCCUGAGAACUUAAAACGAUGCCAAUCCGUGCAGGUGGAGCUGCCAUGUUUUCCUGUUUUGUCUCAACAUGGAACAUCCUGUUGAUGCACUUGUUAUUAUUUAACACGUUAGAAUAAUGCCUAGUUUAAAAAAAAAUCUCACUAAACUGGUUAAAAACAAGUUAUGUCUGCAAUUUAUUGUCAACUGAUAAACAUGAAGAUUCUUGCCUUUAUGUUUAACUAAACAUAAAGACAUCAGCCUAAAAAUUCAUUUAGAGAUUUCUCAACAGCAACCAUUUAACUCCAUUAUAAAUUCAUGAUAAAUAAAUGUUGGUCUGAUGUCACAGUUUUGAUUAAAAAAUAAACAGUAUAAUAUCAUUGGAUUAAUAUGUGGAUUAGGGAUUUAGCUGUGUUUUCACAGCCUGUACAUCAAAAUGUAGUUUAUUGUUAAUUAGUUAAUUCUAUGCAAUGUUUUCUCAGGUUCACUCAGUGAAGAACAACUUUCUCACAAUGUGUUGAUUUUAACUAUA